GACUACAGCACUUGCAACUUUUUAAGAAAAAUGAAAACGUGUCAUGUUAUUGCUUUGUGGUACACCAUGGCUACCUUGGGCGCCAUCUGUUGGUCUCUACCAGUAUUAGAUGCCAGUUUGGGUAUUGAUAAUGAUACCAUUGAGGAUUUACGAGCCAGUAUUAAUGAUUCACCCAAAAAUUUAUAUGUGGUAAAGGCCGUGGUCUAUGAAAUUGGAAUUUUGACUGAAGUGGACGAGAAUGACACCUCCAGCUUCGAGAGUCAAGAACGGGUGGAUUUAACCUUUUUCGAUGCGCACACCAAUGAAAGUCACAUCGAUUUAGGCAACAUACCUCUGCCCAUACAAACCAAUGUCAGCGGCCAAGUUUUGACGGGCAUUGCCCCCGUUAAUAUUGGUGCGUUUAGCAGUGCAUCAGAAUUAUUACAAACACUACCUCUUACCGGUAGUAUUGUUAACAUUACACAUAGUGAUACUGCAUUCUAUAAACUAACCAAAUCGAAUGUGAGCGAUGAAGAAAAACCCAGAAUCAUCAAUAUGCAAGAAAUAGCCAGUAUACCUGAGGCAGCCGCACUCUUCCCCCCAUUAGUGCCAUCACCUUCGCAGCGGGAUGAUAUUGUUGCCAAUUCAUUGGAAUCACGUUAGACGUCCCUUAUAACUAACGUUUUUUAGAGGUUAGAAAAGACUGGCAUAUGUAAAAUUACAACUAAAAACACAACAAUUUGUAGAGAAUACUAUAUUGUAGAUCAAUAUAAGAAAA